AAUUUUUUUUUUAUGUUGUUCCGGAUGUUUUUAUGUUCAUCUAUAAACUGCAGUGGUUUUUGAAAUUGGUAAACUGUGGAGUAAUCAGCAAGAUUGCAACAACUUCCUUCUCUUAACGGUGAACAACGUGAACACUUCUAAGGGAACAUUACUGUCUGAGUGAGCAGGAGACGGAGACGUUUCAUAGAAGCAUCGGCCAUGGACCUGAUCACCGGAAUACUGCUGGGACUUCUCCUAAAAGAUGAUAUGUGGAGAUCGGUAGAAGCGCAGACAUUUGAAUUGCCAAAAACCAUGAAGACUUUGGAAGGUUCCUGUGUUGUCAUCCCAUGCAAGUUCACUAUUGCUAAACCAAAGCCGGUCAUCCAAUGGCUCAAGUACAGCAAAAGCAAUCGGGGAGAAAUCUAUAACAGCAAGAAUUCGAGUUCGGUGCUCAAGUCAUUUUUGGGUCGGGUAUCUUUAGUGGGGGACCUGGCCAAAGGGAACUGCACCAUCAGGAUCAAUAAUGUGAGCUCCAUGGAUGGUGGCCUCUACUUUCCUCAGAUCGACUCUGACCCACCAACAUGGAAAGAAGAAAGCGACGAAAAUGUUCCUCUUUAUAUUAACAACGUCCCAGACCCCAGUAUGAUAUAUGGCCCUGAUAAACCGAUGGAAGGAAAUACCUAUGUCUUCACUUGUGAUGCCAAACACACCUGUCCUGCCAACCUACCAACACUCACAUGGAACUUCAGGAACCUGCCUGCCAAAACGCAUCACAGAGAGCUGGGAAAUGGAGUGUGGGAAACUGUUUCAAAACUAACCUUCAAAGCAGACUCAGAAGACAAUGGGAAGGCCCUGAAAUGUUUUGCAGAGUAUCCUAACAACAAAAAAACAGGAACACUGCGGAUGCUAAACAUAUUGUAUCCUCCAAAAAUGGUGUCCGUCCAAAGUACCCACGAGACCGGCCAUGUGAGGAAAGGUGACAAGUUUGCACUGAUUUGUCAGGGUUAUGGAAACCCGAAUAUUACUAAUUACACCUGGUACAAGAACAAUCAGACCGUCUUCUUCGGACACACAAUUAAAGUCCUUCACAUGGAUGGGAUGACGGAAGACAAAUCUGGACAGUAUUAUUGCUUGGCCGGUAACGAUAUCGGGGAGACCAAAUCUGAGCCAAUCACACUGAUUUGUGUGGACUGUGCGUCUUCACACAUCAAAGCAGUGGUGGCGGCAGUCGUUAUGGUGGUGUUGGUCAUUAUACUGGCAGUAGUCAUUGUGAUGUGGUAUAGAAGAAAAAGAGCUUCAAGGCCACCGAAUCCUGAGACUGAAGAAGCCUCCAGAUGCACCAAUGUCUAUAUGAAUGUUAUGGUGCCCCAUGAUCCAAAACCUGUGGUUGAAAGUCCUUAUGCAGCAUUGCAGACAGACAACAGAUGUCCGGACUACGAACAACUGCAGCCACAAAAUAUCCAAGCCACGAACAAGCCACCAUUCCACACAUCCCCUUCCUAUUCGCUGUAUGAGGAGGUCGUCCCAUUCAGAAGUCUACAGAAUAAAAAGUGAAAAAAAUAUUCCUAAUAAUUUAUG